GAUUGCUUGAGAUUAAAAUUAUUUUAUGAUAACAGUACGUAUAUCACUUCAACAUAAAUAAGAUGUGGGAAGUAAUGUGAUAGUGAAAAUAAAACCUUGCGUAUAUGUAUUGUACUGAUGUUUAUUUUUGUAAAGUAAAUAAUCUGUUAUGCACAGUAGAAGAUGAAUGUGUUUAGCAACUGGACGUGGAGGUGGGAGGAUGUAUGUGGCCCGGGUGGCCUACGACCAUGGAACGAAACCACGAAAGACUUCAGCAUGUGUUUCCAAGAGCUGUUCCUGCAUGUUCCCGUUUAUUUCAUUUUCGCCAUAUCUUCCAGCUAUUACAUCGGCUUGAGAAGGAAUUGGGUAAUACGAGAAAAGACGCAGGAGCGAGCAAUAAUGUUCCGAAGUUUCGCUGUCCUUGCACUGGUCUUCACCCCAAUAAUUCAGAUUUACGUAUUACUGACCAACAAUAAGUCUGCUCUAGUCCCUAUCGACUACUUCUCCGCCGGAGCCUGCUCUCUGUGUUGGGUUGCCCACUUCUCUUACGUGUUGGUGCUGAAGCACAGACUGGGUCAGAGUGCUCGAGGGCCAAUAUUUCAGCUGCUGCUCUGGGGCGUUACUGUUAUACUCAACGUAAUAGCUCUAAGAAGUAACAUUAUUUCAGGCGAAAGUCUGUCAUUUGAGGUUGCAAAUUUGUGUUUUCAUGCUGUAUACUUUUUGACAUUACUGCCAUCCAGUGACUCCAGACCGACAUACUACUCCCAGUGUCUUGUAGGAUCACAACAUAGACAUAAUGAAUACACUCCCCUGCUGCCUGGAAUUGACGAGGAUGUGUUGGGGACUGCGAUGCAAGAUGCCAAUAUAUUCUCUAAAAUAGCAUUCUGCUGGGUCAAUCCACUGCUCAAGAAAGGAUAUGAAAACAAGUUGAAUGACCUUGAAGAACUGUUUGACUUGCCACCACAGUACAGAUGUUCGUAUGUCGGGGCUCGAAUAGACAGAGCUCUCAUAGGCAAUGUGGACAACUACCAACAGUUUGCUGAAGUUCCUCACGAACCUUUUAUAGGUUCAGGCUAUGGUGCUACAGGAGAAACUAGACCAGAAAACAUAUCAACACCUGUGACGCCAACAUCCAGAGUGCUGGUGCGGCCUCAGAGGCGACAGAAUGUGUCGCUCCUGCGUGCCCUACACACCUGCUUUGGAUUCCAAUUCUAUGCAAUCGGACUGCUUAAGCUUGUGUCUGAUAUGGCCGGAUUCGCUGGACCCAUGCUCUUGAACAAACUAGUGAUAUUUGUUGAAGAUACAAGCAUUGAUCAGCAUAUGGGCUACCUAUACGCGCUGACGCUGCUGGGCGUGACGCUGACGUCGAUGAUAUUCAACGUGCACUUCAACUGGCUGAUGUCGGUGAUCGGCAUCAAGAUGCGUGGCGCCAUCGUGUCCACGGUGCUGCGGAAGACGCUCAGUGUUACGUCCACGGAGCUGACUGCCAGGUUCAGUGUGGGGGAGGUGACGAAUUUCAUGUCCACAGACACGGACAGGAUCGUCAACAGCUGUCCCAGCUUCCACGCACUCUGGAGUAUACCAUUGCAGCUCACCAUAACCCUGUUUCUGCUGUACCAACAAGUGGGGGUGUCCUUCUUAGCGGGCGUGGCCUUCUCCGUCGUCCUCAUUCCCGUCAACAAGGCCAUAGCGAACAAGAUCGGCGAGUUGAGCACGGAGCUGAUGCGGCACAAGGACGCCAGGGUCAGCCUGGUGGGGGAACUGCUGCGGGGCAUCCGCGCGGUCAAACUGCACGUGUGGGAGGACUACUUCAUUGAGCGGAUAUCCGUGGCCCGGAGCUCGGAGAUGCGGUACCUGCGCGCGCGCAAGUAUCUGGACGCGGUGUGCGUGGUGCUGUGGGCGACCACGCCCGUGCUCGUCGCCGCGCUGACGCUCGGCACGCACGCGCUGCGCGGGAUCGACCUCGACGCGCCCACGGUGUUUACGACAGUGGCUCUGAUCAACAUGCUGAUAUCGCCGCUCAACGCCUUCCCCUGGGUGCUCAACGGCCUCACUGAAGCUUGGGUUUCCAUUAAGCGCAUACAGAAACUACUAGAUCUGCCGGACAGCGAUUUCGAGAGCUACUUCGACCGCCUCAACACAAACAAGGACGAGGACAAGGUCCUCAUAUUCAAAAAUGCAACAUUUUCGUGGGCGAAACCCUCCGUUCGCCCCAAGCCCGCGAAGGAGAAGAAGAACAAGGGAAAAUCCACAAAGAAGCUGUCAAAGCGACAGCACGCCGAUACCACUUCUGAAGCACAAAGUACGGAGCCCUUCUGUCUCCAGGAUAUAUCCCUGGAGGUGGGGAAGGAGGAGUUGCUGGGUGUCGCGGGGCCGGGGGGAAGCGGGAAGACAUCCUUCCUCCUCGCGAUAGUCGGGGAGAUGAUCAAGAAACGCGGAGAUAUCCAGAUACCGGAGUAUAUCAACAGUUUCGGGUACGUAUCGCAGGAGCCGUGGCUGAUCCGCGGCACAAUCCGCGACAACAUCUUGUUCGGCCGACCAUACGACGAGGCCAAGUUCAAGGCCGUCGUCGACGCCUGCGCACUCACAGAAGACCUGAACACGCUGGGAUGGGGCGCGUGGGUGGGUGCCGGCGGCUGCACGCUGAGCGGCGGGCAGCGUGCGCGCGUCGCACUCGCACGCGCCGUAUACGCCGACAAACAGGUGUACUUAUUGGACGACGCGCUGGCGGGCGUGGACGCGCGUGUGGCGGAGCACGUACUGCGGCGCUGCGUGCUCGGCUUGCUGCGCCACACCGCGCGCGUACUCGUCGCGCACUCGCCCCGCCCCCUGGCGCGCGCACACCGCGUCGUGUUACUGCGGGACGGACGCGUGCAGGCUGUUGGUCCGCCGGAGGCAGUAAUGAAUGAGGUGGAGGAGUUUCUCACGAGUGAGGCGGAGUCAGUUGGGGAGGAACCGACCCCGCCCCCACCCCCGCCGCCGCAGGUCCCAGAGAUGGCUGGCUCCGUCAACGCUGACGGUGACAACCUGGAUACUGUCAGCCGACAUAGUUUGGACAACGACGAGAGUAUGUCGGAAGGCACGAUCGGCUGGUGGGUGCUGGCGUUGUAUCUGCGUGCCGUAGGCGGCUUUAUGUCCGUAGCCAUAUUCCUCUCCCUAGUCCUGAUGCAGCUGUCGCAGAACUUCACCUUCCUCUGGCUCACGUUCUGGGUGAACAAUAGACAGAAAAACUCCACGGGCGUAGACAAUAUUCACGACACUCCCAUAGACAGUGUCCACGAAAACGCCACAAUACUGGACCACGGAUUCAACGCUGCCGACGCUCUAGUUCAUACGGUCGUCAAUGGAGUGCUGGAUUUCUUCAGCGACAAUAAUUCUGUGCCCGUGCAGCCCAUAAACAAGACCAUAGACCAAACCAUAGAUACGAAACUGGGGCUCGAAGCGCCGGCAUAUUCAAACAACUACUAUUUAGAGAUGUAUUUCGUGUUGGCUCUAGUCAAUGUCCUGUUUACUAUAAUGAGGGCGUUCUUGUUCGCGUACGGCGGAGUAAAGGCGGCGGAUAAAAUACAUAAGAAGCUACUCAGAGUUAUUGUUAAGGCGGAAGUGAAGUUCUUCGACACGACGCCAACGGGUCGCAUCCUGAACCGUUUCUCGUCGGACACGUACACGGUGGACGACAGCCUGCCCUUCAUACUCAACAUCUUCCUCGCGCAGACCUUCUCGCUGCUCGGCGCAGUGAUAUUGACCGUGUACGGCAUACCGUGGCUGCUGGUGGGCGUGCUACCGAUGGCUGUCAUAUACUACAGAGUGCAGCGCCUGUACCGCGUGACGUCACGGCAGCUCAAGCGGCUGCAGAGUGUCGCGCUGUCGCCCGUAUACGCCCACUUCAACGAUACGCUCGAAGGUCUAGCGACGAUCCGCGGUUUAGGCGCGCAGGACACGUGGGCGUGUCGCGGCGAGGAGGGCGUGGCGCGGUGGCAGCGCGCGGCGCUGUGCGGCGCGGCGGCGGCGCAGUGGCUCGCGCUGCGGCUGCAGGCGCCCGCCGCGCUCGCGUUAGCUGCCGCUGCUGCGCUCGCGGCGCUGCAACGCGCCACGCACGCUGCCGAUCCCGGUCUGGUUGGUCUGGCGAUAUCGUACGCGUUGUCGUUGACUUCGGCGCUGGGCAACGUGCUCAACUCGUUCACCGAGACCGAGCGGGAGAUGAUCGCCGUCGAGCGAGUCGGCGAGUACAUCACACAGGUGGAGUGUGAGAGCGUGGACGGGGAGUGGCCGCCGUACGGGUGGCCUGCGCACGGCGUGGUUAGCUUCGAUGACGUCGUGCUACGAUACAAUAGUCGCGGCGAGCCCGCGCUGCGCGGCGUGUCGUUCACGACGCACGCGGGCGAGCGGCUGGGUGUGGUGGGACGCACGGGCGCGGGCAAGAGCUCGCUGCUGCGCGCCCUCGCCCGCCUCACCCCGCCCGCCGCCGGCCGCGUCAUUGUGGACGGAGUUGAUGUAGCCACGCUGCACCUGCACGCACUCCGAUCUCGCAUCGGCGUGAUACCGCAGGACCCGUUCAUAUUCUCGGGUAGCGUGCGCGAGAACGUGGAUCCGCUGCGCCAGUACUCGGAGGCGGAGCUAUGGCGGGCGUUGGAGGCGUGCGGCGCGGCCGGCGCGGUGCGGGCGGCGGGGGGACUCGACGCGCCCGCCCCGCCCCUGUCGAGGGGACACCAUCAGUUGCUGUGUCUGACGCGUGCGCUGUUGCAACGACCUAAGAUCCUGCUAGUAGACGAGGCGACGGCGGCAGUAGACGCGGAGACGGAGCGCGCGGUGCUGGCGUGCGCGCGCGGCGCGUUCGCGGGCUGCACCGUGCUGUGGGUGGCGCACCGGCCCGCCGCCGCGCUAGACUGCGCGCGCGUGCUCGUGCUCGCCGCCGGCCGCGUGCUCGCGCUCGCUGCCCCCGACGCCGCACUCGCCGACCCCACACAUCCCCUCACGCGCUUGCUCCACCCCGAGAGGGAGGCUGACGCGUGAGCUGCGGGUAACUGAAACGAGACUCGCUUACAGAACGACUAGGCUAGAUAUUUUAUUGUGUAGGCUACCCUCGCGUCACACAAAGGUGAGACUCGCUAGUUAUAGUGUAGGCUGACUUGUGAUAAGUGACCACGCGUAACUCACAGAACGAGAUUAUAUAAUACUAUUGUGUAGGCUGCUUUCUAAUAGGUGACCACGACUUCAUUUGAUCUGUGGAUUUACCACGUGAUCCACUGAUCACACUUGACCAUGCGAUGUAGAAAAUCAGACUCGCUAUCCGCACAAUUAACAUUCUUUAUCACAACUCGUUGCUACUGUGACUUGUGAUCUUUUUUGACCACGACUGAACCCAAAUGAUCACAUCUGACUCAGUAAGGACUACGCGUGACCGCACAUGGCUCAUCAGCCUCUAUAACUUUUAAACGUUGGCUAUGAAUAUAACAAAUAACUUGUAUGGUCUCAAUGUCCCGGAAUACAGAGUACCUUAUUGUCUACCUUAGUAAUUAGACUUGCCAGUUUUUUUUAUCAUUUUCGGAAAAACUUACGACCAAAACCUACAUAGCUAUAACGUAUAAAGCUAUAGUAUAACGUGUUUUAUGCAUUAUAUUUACUUCAUGCCUGAACUCUGAAAAUUUUACUUUUAAAACAAAGUUUUUAUUGACGCAGGUCACUACUAGCUUUUAUUAAAUUGAAACCCAAAUAUAAAAUUUUGAGGAACCGGACAUGAGUCAUUAGAUAAAUAUUAAAUAUAGUAUUUGAAUUGUAAGAUUUCAUAUUUAAUACGAUUGAAUGUUUGUAAAAGAAUGCCAAAGUCAAUUAAUUUAGUAUUGAUGAGAUGUUGUUUAUAGUGUAUGUUUGUAAGUUUUUAAAUUUAAUUUGUAAGGGCCCACAUCAGGAAAACUACUAGUAUAGAUCGCACACAACUUUAAAGUUACUGGUAAUAUCAAUCAACGUGUCACCGUCUGAUAGCGAUCCAAAUAAAACAUUGUGCCUUACUUUUCUGGUUUUACCGAGCGAUCUAAAAGUUGUGCGCGUCUGUUGCUACGUGUCCCUUAAGACUGAUUGUUGUGUAUGAGAAUAUUUAUAAUCAAUUCAUUCUAUUAAAUAUGUUUAAGCAAGUUUUGUGUAAAUGAUAACUUGAUAUUAAUGUAAAAAAAUAAUUAACAAUAAAAUAUUAUAUUUGUGUACGAAGCAAUAAUAUUAGAUUUGAUAAUUUGACUUUAAAUAGAAUAUGAUAAUGUUUUUACAUUCGUCUCUGAAAUAGUAAGCUCAAAUGGACUAUAACAGUAUUUUUGUUUUGCUUUUUAGUUACCAUUGUAAGAAACAUCUGUUAAUAAUUACUAAUAGUUAACAUUCCAUACCUACAAUUUGUUAACAAUAGUGAUUUAAAUAUUAAAUACAUUUUUAUUAUUU